CCGAGCGCCGGGGGCGGGGCUGGGCCGGGCGCGGCUGGGCUCGGCUCGGUGCGGCUCGGUGCGGCCGGAGCACCAUGAACCGCUUCAAGGCGUCCAAGUUCCGGCACACCGAGGCCCGGCUGCCCCGCAGGGAGGCCUGGAUCGGGGGCAUCCGAGCAGGCUCUGUUGCAUCCUGUGGGAACCAUGUGAAGGCCAGCUGUCACUGGAUCGUGUUCAAUGCCGAGGCAACAGGUGUGCUGGGUGUCGUGCCACUGGAGUGCAAAGAUGGAGGCAAGAGGACCGUGGCUCAGCUCUGCUGCCACUCAGAUGUGGUGACAGACUUUGACUUCUCACCCUUUGAUCAGCUCCUGCUGGCUACGGGCUCUGCUGACGAGACGGUGAAGGUGUGGCGCCUGCCUGAGAGCAGCCAGGACAUGCCUGGUGGUGCGGGGCUGACCCUGGGGCCCGGGGGGGGGCCAGUGGACAUGCUGCAGUUCCACCCCACAGCGGACGGCAUCCUGGCCAGUGGCGCAGGGAAGCAAGUCACCGUCUGGGACGUUGGGCAGCAGCAGCCGCUGACAGCCCUGGACUCCCACGGGGACCAGCUGCAGAGCCUGGCCUGGAAGCGAGACGGCCGGCUCCUCGGCACCUCCUGCAAGGACAAGAAUCUGCGGAUCUUUGACCCUCGAGCCAGCCCAACUGCCUCCCAGAGUGUCCUGGGACACAAGAACAACAAGGACUCCCGGCUGCUCUGGAUGGGCUCCAGCAAUUGCCUCAUCUCCAUCGGGUUCAGCCAGAUGCGGGAGCGGGAGGUGAAGCUGUGGGACACACGGCGGUUCGGCGAGGCGAUGCUCACCAUGGCACUGGACACCUCACCCGGGGCGACCAUCCCGCUGUAUGAUGCCGACACGGGGCUGCUGGUGCUGGCAGGGAAGGGAGAAAACCUCCUGUACUGCUUCGAGGUGGCACCCGCGCAGCCGGCGCUCACCCAGGUGACCCAGUGCCGGACGGAGGGCAGCACGUGGGGCCUGGCCGCUGUGCCACGCCUGGCCCUGGACGUCAUGGCCUGCGAGGUGCUCCGUGUCCUGCAGCUCACUGACACCGCCCUCAUCCCUGUCAGCUACCUGGUGCCACGCAAGUCCAUCCAGGACUUCCAUGAGGAUCUGUUCCCUGACUGCGCUGGGACAGUGCCAGCUACCACCGCCCAGGCCUGGUGGGCAGGGGACAGCCAGCAGGUGCGGAGGGUGAGCCUGCACCCUGCACGAAGGCCCACGGAGACCUUCACCUCCCCCGUCAUCGCCUGCACCCAGCUGCAGGCAGCCGACAGCAGCCCCACCGACGCCGACCGCAGCGAGGGCAGUGGCUACUCCUCGCCAUCCUCACUGGCCUCACCAGGCAGCGCCACCACCUCCCUCUCAGCCAGCACCGGCCCCUCUAGCGGCUUUGCCAGCAGCCCCAGCCAGAAGUCACUGCAGAGCAUUUUGGGGCCCAGCUCCCGCUUCCGGCACGCGCAGGGCAGGGUGCUGCACCGCGACACCCACCUCACCAACCUGCGGGGGCUCAGCCUCACCACGCCGGGCGAGUGCGACGGCUUCUGCGCCAACCACCAGCGCGUCGCCCUCCCCCUGCUCUCCGCCGGCGGGCAGAUCGCCAUCCUCGAGCUCUCCAAGCCUGGCCGUCUCCCUGACACGGCUGUGCCCACCAUCCAGAACAGCGUGGCGGUGGCCGACCUCUCCUGGGACCCCUUUGACCCACGGCGCCUCGCUGUUGCGGGUGAAGAUGCCAAGAUCCGGCUGUGGCGGAUCCCUGAAGGAGGGCUGCGGGAGACACUGCAGGAGCCCGAAGUUGUCCUCCAAGGUCACACGGAGAAGAUCUACUCCAUCCGCUUCCACCCCGUGGCAUCUGAUGUCCUGGUUUCCUCCUCCUACGACAUGACGGUACGGAUCUGGGAGCUGAGCUCCGGGCGGGAAGCCUUGUGCCUGCGGGGACACAGCGAUCAGAUCUUCAGCCUGGCUUGGAGCCCUGAUGGGAAGAAGCUGGCAACAGUGAGCAAAGAUGGCCGGUUACGGCUGUAUGAGCCCCGGCACAGCCCUCAGCCUCUACAGGAGGGUCCAGGUCCCGAAGGGAGCCGUGGAGCACGCCUGGUUUGGGUUUGCAGUGGCGACUACCUCCUGGUGUCUGGCUUCGAUAGCCGCAGUGAGAGGAGGAUCCUCCUGUACCGGGCACAGGCUCUGCCUGAGGGACCCUUGUCUGUCCUUGGGCUUGACGUGGCCCCUUCCACCCUCCUGCCCUUCUAUGAUGAGGAUACUGGUGUUGUGUUCCUCACCGGCAAGGGUGACACCAGAGUCUUCCUCUACGAGGUGACACCUGAGCCCCCCUAUUUCCUCGAGUGUAACAGCUUCACCACCAAUGAACCCCACAAGGGCUUUGUCUUCCUGCCCAAAACGGUGUGUGAGGUGCGGGAGGUGGAGUUCGCCCGAGCGCUGCGCCUUGGGCAGAGCACUCUGGAGCCGGUGGCUUUCCAUGUGCCACGCGUCAAGAAGGAGUAUUUCCAGGAUGAUAUCUACCCACCGACCCGUGUCUGGUGGGAGCCAGCCCUCAGCAGCAGCGCCUGGCUGGCAGGGCAGGACGGGCAGCAGCGCCAUGCCAGCCUGCGGCCGGCCGACAUGAUGCCAGUGAGUGAGGCACCAAAAGAGGCUCCGGCGCGGAAGUUCGUCCCUGCGUCCGUGUACCUGGAGGAGAAGUCUGACGAGCAGAAGAAGGAGGAGCUCCUGAGCGCCAUGGUGGCCCGGCUGGGCAACCGGGAUGACCCACUGCCCCAGGACUCCUUCGAGGGGGUGGACGAGGAUGAGUGGGCCAAGUACCUGGCGCAGAUCAUUCUGGUGGGGGCCCAGGUGGUCGGACGGGCCUUCAUGCGGGCGCUGCGCCAGGAGUUCGCAGCGAGCCGAGCAGCAGCAGACGCGCGAGGGCGCUCGGAGAGGCCCCAGUCCGCUGCCGCCUCCAGGAUCAUUGGCAUCAGCCUCCAGGAAGCUCAGCAGAUCCUCAAUGUCUCAAACCUCAACCCAGAGGAGAUCCAGAAGAACUACGACCACUUGUUCAAGGUGAAUGACAAGUCGGUGGGCGGCUCCUUCUACCUGCAGUCGAAGGUGGUGAGAGCCAAGGAGCGACUGGAUGAGGAGCUCCGCAUCCAGGCCAAGGACGAGAAGGAGAAGGGGUGGAAGGCUGAGACGUGACUCCUGCCACCCCGCACCCCAUGUCCCUCACCCUUAACUUAUAGGUAGCCAAUAAAUGCCAUGUCCCCCA